AUGUCCACUAACUUUGAAAAGCAUUUCCAAGAAAACGUCGAUGAAUGUACUUUAGAACAACUAAGAGACAUCUUAGUUAACAAGUCCGGCAAAACCGUUUUGGCCAACAGAUUCAGAGCUCUGUUCAACUUAAAGACUGUCGCUGAAGAAUUUGCCACCAAGCCAGAAGAAGCCAAAAAGGCCAUCGAAUACAUUGCCGAGUCCUUCGUCAACGAUAAGUCUGAGCUGCUGAAGCAUGAAGUCGCCUACGUGUUGGGUCAAACCAAGAACUUGGACGCUGCUCCAACUCUAAGACACGUUAUGUUAGAUCAAAAUCAAGAACCAAUGGUGAGACACGAAGCCGCUGAGGCUUUGGGUGCCCUAGGUGACAAGAAUUCCUUGGACGACCUAAAUAAAGCUGCCAAGGAAGAUCCAAAUAUUGCUGUUAGAGAAACCUGUGAACUGGCCAUCAACAGAAUCAACUGGACCCAUGGUGGCGCCAAGGAUAAGGAGAACCUGCAACAAUCUCUAUACUCAAGUAUUGACCCAGCUCCACCUCUACCAUUGGAAAAGGAUGCUAGCAUCCCAGAACUACAGGCCUUAUUGAACGAUCCUAAGCAACCUUUGUUCCAAAGAUACAGAGCCAUGUUCAGACUGAGGGAUAUCGGUACUGAUGAAGCCGUCUUGGCCUUGGCCACUGGUUUCAGUGCGGAAUCUUCUCUUUUCAAGCAUGAAAUCGCUUACGUUUUUGGUCAAAUAGGUAGUCCGGCUGCCGUCCCAAGUUUGAUUGAAGUUUUGGGUAGAAAGGAAGAAGCCCCAAUGGUUAGACACGAAGCUGCUGAAGCCUUGGGUGCCAUUGCCUCUCCAGAAGUUGUCGAUGUCUUGAAGUCUUACCUUAACGAUGAAGUCGAUGUCGUCAGAGAAUCUUGUAUCGUUGCGCUAGAUAUGUACGAUUACGAAAACAGCAACGAACUAGAAUAUGCUCCAACCGCUAAUUAA